AUGGGUGAGCAGGUGAUGACCAUCAAGGAACAAGCCAAACAGGCUGAAGCAGCUCCCGGCUCUUCCCGAUCGCUGCGACCAGCCUCCGAGUCCUUCCUCCGGCUCUUCUCAGCAGGAGGGUCCCCGAGCUGCCGGCUUCACGCAGCAGAUGCUUUCCGAAGCCUGCGAGAUGCCAAAAGUCGGGAGGGACGAGUAGCGCCGGGUAGUUCUUGGAGGCAGUCGGCAGAAGCAGAAAAAAAGCUUUUUAGUGUUGGAGAAGUUCCACCGGAGGAGGUCGCGGAGGAUCAGUGCAGGGAUGCUGUGAAGCUGACUUUCCCUUCCAAAAUGACUUUCCAAGCUCUGGUUUUGUGUCUGGCAUAUGCUGGCCUUGGAAAGGCACAUGUAGUUCCACAAGAUGAACACAGAAACGUGAAGUUGGGUAACAACGUGACUCUCAGCUGUGCCCUGACAGAACCCAAGGAAGUUGUACAAGUGACGUGGCAAAAAGAAUCUGAAAAAUCACCCAAUAAUAUAGCUACGUACAGUGACAUAAAAGGAUUAAAUAUUCAUGAACCCUAUAAAGACCGAAUGAAUUUCACAAGUCUGGUACUCAAUGAGACAAGCAUCACUUUUUGGGACACUAGAAUAGAUGAUUCAGGGUGUUACAGGUGCCUCUUCAAUAUUUUCCCUCAAGGCUCCUUGUUGGGACGUACCUGCCUCAGUGUCUUUGGUCUCAAUGCAUCUGUCCAUUACAAGAUUUCUGAAGGUCGUUUGACAGCCAUCUGUAAUGCUGUUGGCAUGCCAGAGCCCACCAUCACCUGGAACAACUUGUUCAAUUCUACUCCUACACAGGAGACGGUCAGGCACACCAGUGGGAUUGUGUCCGUCACCAGUAAACUGGAGAUCUUCAACAAUCAGAGCAUCAAUGUGCAGGACUUGACCUGCAGAGUAAGCAACACAGAAGAAAAAAUUGAAUUGCCAGUAAAAAUGAAAGGAGAAGAGGGAUCCUCAUUGAUUUGGCUGGUGAUUACUGUGGGGAUUUUACUCAUUGUCAUUGUUCUGAUUCUGAUCAUGGUGUACUGGAGGAAAAGGAUGUGCAGGAG